ACACACACACACACACACACACACACACACACAACACACUUGCAACCAUGGUUUCGAGAUUAGCAGCUCUGCUCCUUUCUGGAGUCGCAAUGCUGCAUGCGCAGGCCCAGACAGCCGUCGGGGCAGCAGAUCUCGUAGGCACGUGGACAAGCAAGUCAAACUCAACCAUGACUGGCCCUGGCUUCUACAACCCCGUCGAGGAGAAAUUCACCGAGCCGAAGCACACGGGCAUCAGCUACUCCUUCACAGCUGAUGGAUUCUACGAGGAGGCUUACUAUCGCGCAAUCGCAAAUCCCCAGGACCCCAGCUGCCCCAAAGGCAUAAUCCAAUGGCAGCACGGCAGCUAUGAGAAGCUCAGCAACGGCUCCCUCAUCCUCAAUCCCAUCAAAGUCGACGGCCGGCAACUGCUCUCUGACCCAUGCCAAUACAAAUACGCCAUCUACACUCGCUACAACACUACUGAAUUGUUUGAUCGCUAUGAGUACGUUGCGUCAGACGCCUACGCCAAGAUCCCGCGCAUCACUCUCUACAAAGCCGACGGCUCUCCCAUGAUGCCCAUGUACCUUGCCAUGGCCCAGCCCCAAAUGCUGCCAACCACCACCCUCAACCCCCUCGUCACCCAGACCGCCGCACCAAAGAACUCGAAGCGAGGCGAGCUCCCCUUGAACCACGAAAUCAUCUACAAGAGAACACCCGGCGCAGCCAGGUCAGACCAGUGGUGGUGGUUCGGUGUCUUCAUGACUGCCAGUGGAGGUCUGCUCUACUACUUCUUUUAAAAUGUUUGCGGUCUUGGUCGAGAAAAUGUACGAUACGAGCGCGUGAAAUGGAAAACUGGGCGCACGCUUUUUGGGAGUUGCUAGCAUCAUGGAUGGAGUUUUUGUGUCACUGGCGAGUUGGUUUUUAAAGCACCUACACUGCGCCGGACGGGGUGGUUAAUUACGAUCGUUGAUUUCUGGUUUGAUGAUUGAAACUGCAAGCAUUUGUAGAAUGAGGCGUUUUUUCAUGGCGGCAUCUAUUUUCUCAAAUACCAAAUGUUGUCUUUGCGAAAGAAAUCGAGUCCUUGAGGAAGAGUCUGCGUGAGCAAAGUACGUGAACAAUACAUGGGACAAGUUCUGGG